UCUUAUAUACUCCCACAGCAUCCAGUCUUCAGUAAGUCGUGUUGUCUGCUCUGCCGCCGUUUCUCAGCGUUUACGCUAACGCGACACGCAAUGUGGAGGAACAAGCUGCUCCUCCUGAUCUCAGCAACGCUGGUUUCUUUAGCGAUUGGUCAGGAAAGCGCUCAGAAAGCUGACUUUCCCUCUGAACCGACCGCUCCAACAGCCCGGCUCGGGCGGCUGGUUGUGGGGAGAGGAGUAAAGCUGCUCUCAGGCGAAGUAGAGAAAAAUAAUGGCGGAGAAGUGCGAGAUGGACUUACCGACCACUCCGAAACAUACCAGGCUGACCAACAGGGGUCAACGGCAGCAGAGUCCAAGUUGCGGCGCUUGAAUCCUUCUGUGCAUUGUGGGGAUGAUGCUAUGGCUCUGCGUGUUCAAGGGUCUAGAGUGCCUAACUUCAUGGUUGACAGAGGUGAAGAUGGUCUGCUUCCUGUGUUGCAGAUGCCUGCCAACUGUGGUUUGUCAGUGAAAAGGGCUCGCAGGGAUGUUCUCCUAACUGUUAAUUAUAAAGGUUGUCAUGUUAUGCAAGAGGAUGGGGCCUACAUCUUGACACUGCGUUUGUGGGGUGCUCCUAUCAGUGUACUUUGUCCUGUGGCAUCUACGGAGGGAGCCACAAAUGCUACUACUCCAGGCACUGAAUCCACCGUGGCCAGUGUCCCUCAACAUCCUGGGCUAUUCCCUGGCUAUAACCCUUAUGGGUAUCCAUUUAACCAGUAUGGUUAUCCUUGGGCUUUGCCCACAAGCACUGUGCAAACAACUACAGCUAGCACAACUACCUCAACAGCCCCUACUGCUCCUGCCAGUGAUGCUAAAAUGCCUGUCCCUUUUGGUCAGAGCAGUCACUUUGGCUAUGCUCCUUACCGCCAGUGGCCUUAUUAUGGCUAUCCAUGGGCUCACCCCACACCUGGCCCUACAGUUUCUCCAACCACUACAGCUAGCACAACCUCAACAGCCCCUGCUGUUCCUGCUAGUGAUGCUAAAAUGCCUGGCUCUUUUGGUCAGGACUAUGCGUUUGGCUAUGCUCCUUACAACUACUGGCCUUAUUACAAAUAUGGCCAUCCAUGGGCUAGCCCCACAUUUGGCCCUACAGUCGCUCCAACCACUACAGCUAGCACAACUACCUCAACAGCCCCUGCUGUUCCUGCUAGUGAUGCUAAAAUGCCUGUCCCUCUAGGUCAGAGCAGUCACUUUGGCUAUGCCCCUUACUGGCAGUGGCCUUAUUAUAAAUAUGGCUAUCCAUGGCCUCAACCCACAUCUGGCCCCACAGUUGCUCCAACCACUACAGCUAGCACAACAACCUCAACAGCCCCUACUGUUCCUGCUAGUGAUGCUAAAAUGCCUGGCUCUUUUGGUCAGAGCAGUCACUUUGGCUAUGCUCCUUACUGGCAGUGGCCUUAUUAUAAAUAUGGCUAUCCAUGGGCUAUCCCUACAUCUGGCCCCACAGUUGCUCCAACCACUACAGCUAGCACAACUACCUCAACAGCCCCUGCUGUUCCUGCUAAUGAUGUUAAAAUGCCUGGUUCUUUUGGUCAGGGCUAUGCCUUUGGCUAUGCUCCUUACAACUACUGGCCUUAUUACAAAUAUGGCCAUUCAUGGGCUAUCCCCACAUCUGGCCCCACAGUUGCUCCAACCACUACAGCUAGCACAACUACCUCAACAGCCCCUGCUGUUCCUGCUAGUGAUGCUAAAAUGCCUGUCUCUUUUGGUCAGAUGUAUCCCUUUGGCUAUGCUCCUUGCCACCAGUGGCCUUAUUACAAAUAUGGCUAUCCAUGGGCUUGCCCCCCACAUAUCCCUGCAGUUGCUUCAACCACUACAGCUAGCCCUACCUCAACAGCCCCUAAUGUACCUACUUGGGAUGACUCUGUUUAUGCCUACUAUCAGCAAACUCUAAUGGGCACACCCUAAAAGUAGUCACUAGGGCAACUAGAGUGAUACAUGUCCAAGUCAUCCACUGACCCUUUAGUUUCUGUGUUGUGGUCUGUAUCUUUCACUGCCUACAACUUGUAUUCCUUUGUACAAUAAAAUGGUCGAAAACUGGG